GGACGAUAAAAGUAUCACCAAACUUGUCUAGCUCCACGCUGGAGAGGCGUACAAAGUGACGAACGUGCGCCAGCCUUGCGCCUUCUUCGGGUUUCUUACUGCUGGUUUUGUGAAAUGAGGAAGCAACCACUGCUUUUUUUCUCCUUGGUGUAUCAAUGGCAAUCGAUCGCGCUAGCAGCUCCGCCUCAAGUUGUCUUGGAUGCAUCUCCCAGAUUGUCCGAGCGGAGGCUCCAUGGCCGUUUCUUGCAUAUCACCGACAUGCAUCCAGAUCCGUUCUAUAAAAAUGGAACUUCGCAGUCAUCCUCGUGUCACAGGAACCAACCCAAGAGUGCGGCACGUUCAGGGUACUAUGGCACUCCGUUCAGCGAAUGCGAUUCUCCGUUGAGACUUACAAACCUUACUCUGGACUUUCUGGAGAAGAAUUGGAGUGCGGAAAUAGACUUUGUUAUAUGGACGGGAGAUAGUGCUCGACAUGACAACGAUCGCAAGAUACCUCGAACCACAGAUGAGAUUUACGACUCCAAUAGAGCUGUUGCUAAGAAGAUGUCCAAGAUAUUUCUAAGUAAGGGCAUUCCGGUAAUACCGAGUUUGGGUAAUAAUGACAUCUGGCGUGAGAAUAUCAUGUCACCUGGACCAAAUACUAUUACUAACGAGUUUUCAUCGAUAUGGUCUUCGUUUAUACCUUUUGCAUCUUAUCAAGUAUUCCAACGAGGGGCAUACUACUCCGUGGAAGUCGUACCCAAUGCAUUAGCCGUGAUCAGCCUCAAUACUAUGUAUUUCUACGAUGCUAAUAAAGGUCAUGUUCCGCCGUCGUCCGGAAACUACUUCCCAGAGUGUUAUUAUCGGUACGUUGAAUUGAGCUUGAGAUACCAGGAUACGAUACUGGGUCAUCUUUUUGGCCAUAUGAAUGCAGAUCAUUUCUUCUUUCUGGAUGCUAAGGAUCUGGAGAUCUGGCCCGAGGCUGCAUCGACCGGCGGCGAGAGUCCCCUGUACGACUCGCUCAUCUCGGACUUUGAAGAACUUUGCAAGACUGAGGAAGUGAACUACGAUAACUACGCUGUGAUAAAUGUUUCUCCAUCGGUCGUGCCCAACCCAUACGUGCCUUCGUUUCGAAUAUAUUCGUACAACAUAACAGGACUUUCGUCUACCGUUUUGAAGAAGUCAAAGAGGAAGCAUAGUCGUUAUCACCAUGGCAAUCCUGAGAAUAACGAUUCCGAAUGCAGGAAGGAACCUUAUCGAGACAGCUGGAGGUGCAAGUUGAAGCAACCAUGGCACUCUGACAGCGAAGCGCCGAGUAGACGAAAUACAUUGUGGACUGGGCUGGGAUAUGCACAGAGUUUGGCAACGCAGUACACUAUUCCGAAUCUUCUGGAAUUCGACGAGAAGCAUGAGGCAGAGUACAGAUUGGAGUAUUUGACUUUCCCCAUUUCCCGCUUGGAUGCUCCCCGGAGUGAGGAGGGGGCGGGAGCGGUUGCCGGGGACUCUGGGCUUACGAUUGGGACUGCCGCCCAGCCGCCUGCUGUGCCUAUGAGAAACCUACCGAGAUCGUUACGUGAGGGGGAUGUGAGGAGAUCGAAAUACACGCCGUAUGAGAUGGAGGAUCUGAGUAUUGGAUCGUGGGUUGAGCUUGGGCGACGACUGGGGGAAGGGAAGGAGGAGAAGCUGCGAAGAAGGUUCAAGAAGUACAUGUACAUGGGAGGGGAAGAAGGGUGAGGGGGAUAUGUGUGAUAGGAAUGUGUGGUUGUGCAAGGUGCAGCGGUGGACCCACGUUCUGUCAGGAGAUAGAUAUGUACCUAGGAUGAUAAUAUGAGGCUUGCUUACGG